AUGGAUGAAGUUCUACUGAAUACAUUAGCAGAAGAAGCAUUGAAAGAUAAUAGACACGAUGGUUCAUGGACAACUGAAGCAUAUGACAAUGUUGUGAAGACUUUGAGCAUAGCAAUAGGCCCAAACAUAACAAAGAACUACAUUAAGAAUAGAAUGAAGACAUUGAAAGAUCAUUUUGCUGAGACAUAUGACUUAUUUCAUCACUUAAGUGGAUUUGCAUGGAAUCCUGUUACUAGAAAAUUUGAAGCUGAAAAAAAAGUGUGGCAAAACUUUAUUAAGGAGUUGUUCGAAGCUGAUAGAGCUAUCGGUAAAGGGGCUGCUACUUCACGAGAAAGAAUUCAACAACUUGAUAGAGAUCCCAUUGAUUUGAAUGACUCAUUUGAAAAUAUUGAAUUUUCUGACAAAGAUGUUAAUAUGGGAUAUGAUACUCCUCCGUUUUCUGCUAAUUUAGAUUCACUAAGUGCUCCUCAUAGUCAGCCAAAUCAAUUAGGUGGGACUUCGACGUUAAGAGGAACAAAGCAUAAGUCUCCUAUAAAUGAUUUUUUGGAGGCACAAUAUGAGAAAGUUAUUUUGGGAAUUACUACCAUGGCCGAUGCUGUCAAAGAGGGUAGUUAUCCGUUUAGCAAGCUACAUGACGUGGCUCAAAGGCAGGUUGAAUCAACUGAGAGACAAGCUUCUGUGGCUGAGAGGCAAAUUUCGGUUGCUGAAAAAUAA